UUUACACUUUUAGUUUUUUAUAUUAAUGUCGUCAUCCAGUGAAUCCGAUUCCGAAGGAGAACGAAAACUUCCUUUGUCGUAUCGUAGAAAAAGACGACGUGAUUCGAGUUCAACAACCAACUCCGAAGUAUCCGAUAAUGAUAGAAAAAAACGGCAAAACGAGAAGCGGAGAAGCCGUGAGUCAUCCAAGAUGAAGCAUCAAAAAACGGCGAAACGGGACAAACCAAUGUGGAAAGAGGAAGGAGAAAUUUCAUGUGACAGUGAGAGUGACGUCUGUAAUUCCUCGAGUAGCAACAACCGGAGCCGCUGUCGUGAUCGGCGAAGAAGAACUGAUUACGGAAGAAGACGUCACAGAAAUUCAGAUUCUAGAUCUCAUGAGAGAUGGAGUACUAGAAGAAGACAGACAACUCCAGAGGGAAAUUUCAGAUGUGAUGAGUGUGGAUGUAACCACUACACUUUGAAGGGUCUAAUCCAUCACGAAAUGAACGACCACAACCUCAAUGCAAAAUGUCAUUUAUGCCAGAAAUCUUUCGAGAAUAAGAAGACAUUCCGUGAACACUGUGAAUUGGAUCACACACCGGAAGUGGUUAGAUGUGUAUUCUGCAAAAGCUCAUUCGAUCAGCCACUGGAAAUGAACGAUGAACAAUGGGCACACUUUUUCGCUCAUAUUUAUGGGGAAAUCCUCUACUCCCGCCUUGCCGACUACGAGGAUCGUGCUUUGAACACUGCAUGAAUUAUAUAUUUGAUUCGAUGGUUAGCUUAAUAAAGAAUUUUUCUGUUGUA